GCGCCAGACUGUGCAGUGCCUAUCUGUCAGCUACAGUGUGUUAUCGCAAAUCUGAUUGAGCGUGAAGGAAAACAUGUAUGAUUUUACAAACUGAGAUUUUCAAAUGCUUGGACUUGGACUAAAACCUUAUAUCUCAAAUUGUGCUUUGGACCCACGAGAAAAUACGGCAAGCUGCACGUUCUGGAUAGAACCAAGGCAAGGAAAAGGUCGGGAAGUUACGGAUCUUUGUUGUCCGGACAAGAGAGAGGGGCCCGAUUUCAGAGCAGCCAGUCUCGGGUGAAGUUAGCUAGCAAUCGCUACUAAGGAAGCCAGCAUCGUAAACCAGUUAGGAAGAGGAUACUCCAGUUCUCUACAGGUUACGAGAUUACUCGUACAAUUAUUACCUUUAAGAAUGAGAGCUCUGGGAAACUGAUACAUAGGGUAUGUUAUUUAAUUCGGAUGUUGACCUCUGUCGUUGAUUUGACUUGACACUUGUCAACUAACCACGAAUAUCUAGCUAACUAGCAUUACCAGCUAGCUAGCUCCUCCUGUCUUGCCAGCCACGCAAAGCUGUUGUUCACGAGCUAACAGUAGUUAGCUUGCUAGCUACCAUUCUGGCUAGCUGCCUAUUUACCCUUUAAUUACUAUAACAGGGUUGCUAACUAUUUAGUUAAAAUAAACAGGUUAUGAACAUUUUUGUUUUGUGGGCUCAACAUAGGCUGUAACGUUAUAACAUUAGAUGUUCUUGAUAAAACUCACUUUCUUUGUUGCAAUAGCUAGCCCCUAAUGGCAUUACUCGCUAGCUAACGUUAUGCUAACAAUAAGGACCCGGACACAGACAGCCUGUUAGCGAGCUAGGAAACUAGCUACAUCCUUAAAAUAUAUAGUUUAGCUAACGUUACGUCCACAAAACAAAUAUGUUGUUAUCUUCUAAAGAGAGGUUAUUGCCAGAUAGCACACAACAAGGUUCGUUUACUAACCGUCUGUUGAUGAAGCAACAGCGUUGUAUUUUAAAUGUAAUUGAUGUUUUAAACUGUGACAGGUGUUCUGAUUGAAGCGCUAGCACAGUCAGAGAAGUCGGUGGUUAAAUACCGGUUAUAAACGGUAUUGAGGUUGGAAGAUCAGGAUUUCUGCUCACAGCUUGCUUUCAGCAGUGACGUUAUUUGAACCACCACUGGUACCCUGCCUAAUUCCUGUCCAAGGGAUGUUUUGGUUUUGAGCUGCACACCGUACUCCUUCCUGCAAGCUGUCUAACCUGGAGGGACUUUUUUAUUAAUUGUGUCCACUAUUGCUGCAUCAUUCAGACUUGCCAAGCUACAAUGGUGGUCAGGUGUUUUAACCUGUAGCAGCACCUCAAUCCCACCUCGACACACAACAGUGGGUUGGCCGUAGGGCUAAUCAAGGAUUCUGAACUGAAGGACCACACAGACUCUUGACUCCUCUAACUUCUCUGCUGGAAUAGACUAUACCUGUUUCCCCCCUCUCUCCAGCCCUCCCCCAGUGUGUGAGGGUACAGAUGUGAGGAAGGCAGGAUGGGUACCCAGGGCAGCCCGGUGAAGAGUUAUGACUACCUGUUGAAGUUCCUCCUGGUCGGGGACAGUGAUGUGGGGAAAGGGGAGAUACUAGACAGCCUACAGGAUGGAUCUGCAGAGUCCCCAUACGCUUACAGCAGCGGUAUCGACUACAAGACCACCACUAUUCUGCUGGAUGGGAGGAGAGUCAAACUGGAGCUGUGGGACACGUCAGGACAGGGGAGGUUCUGCACCAUCUUCAGGUCCUACUCCAGAGGGGCUCAGGGGAUCCUGCUGGUGUAUGACAUCGCAAACCGCUGGUCGUUCGAAGGCAUCGACCGCUGGAUACGAGAGAUUGACGAGCAUGCCCCGGGUGUACCUCGUAUCCUGGUAGGUAACCGGCUCCACCUGGCGUUCAAGCGUCAGGUUCCUACGGAGCAGGCCCGGGCGUACGCUGAGAAGAAUGGCAUGACCUUCUUUGAGGUCAGCCCACUCUGCAACUUCAACGUCAUCGAGUCGUUCACAGAGCUGUCUCGCAUCGUCCUGAUGAGGCACGGCAUGGAGAAGUUCUGGAAGCCCAACAGAGUCUUCACUCUCCAGGACCUGUGCUGCAGAGCGAUUGUCUCCUGUACGCCCGUCCACCUGAUUGACAAGCUGCCGUUGCCCGUGGCGAUAAAGUCCCACCUCAAGUCCUUCUCUAUGGCCAAUGGGAUGAACGCAGUGAUGAUGCACGGACGGUCCUAUUCUCUGGCCAACGCGGCGGGCGGGUCUAAAGGGAACAGUCUGAAGCGUUCUAAAUCUAUCAAACCCCCCCAGAGCCCCCCACAGAACUGCACACGCAACAACUGUAAAAUCUCCUAGUGAUAGACCCUGUCUGAGGGAGGGGGGAGACUCACACCCUAAACACACUGAAACAGACCCCCUCCCUUCCACUGAGGGGACAGACAAGCUGAGGAGAGGAUGUGUAGGGCCUGUGGAGAGAACCAAGUCUGAGACCUACCCAGAAGGGAGGAGAUACCCUGAAACCGACCUAGCCCUUAGCCCAUACCCUAACCCUGAAGGGAGGAGAUACCCUGGGGGAGGAGAAGGAGAGGACGGUGGUGAAACCUACUGUAGGAGGAGGGAGGUGUGUGUACACCUCGUUCCACUGUGCUGGAGUAGUAAUACACCCAGAAUACAUCCACACAACCCUACUGAGUUCUAGUGUUUUCCCCUCCUCUCUUCUUCUUCCCUCCCUUUCUCUCUCUGUUGAUCAGAGUGUUGCCUCCUGCUGUCCCAUGAUUCAUAUGUUAAAUAAUAGAUGAUCUCUGCCGCUUUUUACAUCCUUCUCUCUGCCUUCUCUCUCUCCAUCUCCCUCACUCUGCCUGCUUUCUCUCCUCACUCUGCCUGCUCUCCCUCUCUCUCUCCAUCUCACUAUGCCUGCUCUCUCCCUCACUCUGCAUGCUCUCUCCCUCCCUUCUCCCUCUCUUCCACUUUACAUCUAUCCAUCUGCCUCACUUUGCAUUCUCUCGCACUCCCUUCCUCUUUACCUCCCCCCAUCUCCCUUCCCUACCCUCCUCUUAUCUUUUUGUCUUCUCUCUCCCUUUUCUCUUCUCCCCAGAGUCAUCCAGUCUGCCUGCCAGUUUUCCUCUCAUUCCUUUCUCUCUCUCCUCCUUUCCUUCCUUUCUCUUGCUCCUGCUCUCCUCUCUGCACCAGUUUCCAGUGCAGCCAGUGAACGUCACCCUAUUCCCUAUACAGGCUCUGGUCUAAAGUAGUGCACUAUAUAGGGAAUAGGGUGCCAGGGCCCAUAGAGCUCUGGUCUAAAGUAGUGCACUAUGUAGGGAAUAGGGUGCCAUUUAGAAUGCAGUCCCAGACUCACCCAAUGAAGCCUGGUUGUCAGGCUGAGUGGUGUUCUCUUCUCACUGCAGGGCGGCCAUAUUGUUUUCCUACACAGACAGUCAGCGACGUGAGCAUGGAGCCCCAGAGUUUCUCCUAUUCAGGGAAAUCUCCUGGCCAUCAAAGCUAUUUUUCUCCCUUAUUAUUCUGUGUUUUACUGAACUAACUUGUCCCUCUGGUCUCAGAGAGAGUCUGCAGUACCAACCGCUAGAAGGACAGACUCUUCUAUGGAUGUAUGAAUGGCCUUUUCUCAUUUGGGUAAAAGUCUCCUCUCUCCGUCUUCUCUUCUGCGUGAUCCGGAAAGUGGUCGAGUCGUGCCCAUUAGUUUGUAGACGAACGGAAGAGGCUCCUCCCCUCCUCGAUAGCCACCUUUCAUCAAGGAUAGUCAUGUGUAUCCUCGCGGAACACUUUUGAAAUCUUUUAAAAAAAAAUUAUCACGUUACACAUUUAUUGGAGAUUCCAUCCUGUAAACAUCAUUUGCCUGAUGAUGCGUGAGUGGAGAGGAGUCUUCAUUUUAUACAAGUAGCAUUUUCAUCCACGUUCCCUUCUCACCGCCUCUCCUCGACUACCUUUGACCUUUUUCAAAAGGAGGCGAGAGAGGAUGGAGGAGAGGGAGGCAGGAGUUGAGCAAAUGUAAUUGAGAAAAGGCCUUUGUCUUAUGUAGUUUGUAUGCAACAAUUGCAUCCAUCGCCUCAAAGUCCAGUAUUGUAUGAAUGAAGAAAAUAGGACUUUAACUCUGUGUGCUUUUUAUAAAGAAGCUUCUCCCCCACAGCCUUUUCCCAGGCCUCCCUCUCUGUGAGGUUUUCCUGGUUAAGCCACAUGGUCAGGUCAUGAGGUCAGGGAAAACCUCUAGGUCUGGGAAUAUCAAAAGGUUGUCAUGCUGUUCUUUCAAAUGGCACCCUAGUCACUAUGGCCCCUGGUCAAAAGUAGUGCACUAUCUAGGGAAUAGGGUGCCAAUAGAGUCCUAAUAGUGAUCUGUUAGUUGUAGACUGUAAAGGAGGGAAGAGGUGUUUGGUUCUUGUGCAGCACAUCAUAAUAUGGACCCACUACCUUCAACAUGUAGACAAGACGAGCUUUCAACAAUACCUUUUUUGUCCUUCAUUUUAAAACUUUUUGACAUUGUAAUGUGUUUUAUUACGACACCACCCUUUGAUGUUGACCUUAUAAUAGUCUGACAUUAGGAAGGCCUCAAAUAACACCCUAUUCUUCAAAAUAGUGCAGUACUUUUUAAAAUAAGUGCCCUAAUAUGGGGGAAUAGGGUGUAAUUUGAAACAGAGAUAUUAUAUUUUUUUCCUUCUCAAAUUAUUUCUCCAGAUGGGAUUAAUUGUAUUAUUAUGAUGGACUGUUUAAAAAAAUAAAAAAAUUUAAAAAAAGGUUUGCAAAGAAUGAUGGGAGAUGGAGUGUUGUGACCAUGUCAGGAGAAGUGCCCCAUUUGGGGGUGUCCCUGAUGUUGCCUGAGUUGAGGUUGUUAUGUGCGUCCCAAAUGGCACCCUAUUCCUUAUAUAGAGCACUGCUUUUGAACAGAGUAGUGCACUUAAUAGGAAAUAGGGGGCCAUUUUGGACUAAGGGAAGAGAAAUGAUAGUGAACACAAAAUGUAAACACUAUGGGUGUGUCCCAAAAGAGCACUUUAUUACCUAUGUAGUGCAUAUCCCAAUGGGCCCUGGUCAAAAGUAGUGCACUACAUAGGGAAUAGGAUGCGAUUUGGGAUGCAUAUCAAUUUUCCUUUGGUUGUAGCUGCUGCUGGGUAAUUUAAACAAGGAGUGCGUGAUCGAGCGAGCGCAACAGUGUUCUAAAAAAACAAGCCGAAACAUGUUUUUAAAUUAUUGAUUGUACAGUUUUAGGCUAGGGUAUGGAAAGCAGAGACUUUUUUCACAAUAAAAACUGUUCUUAACGUUA